GGCGCUCUCGGGCGGGUGAGGAACCGCCCCUCUUGCAGCUCCGCGGCCAACGCCUUCGCCCAGGGGUAGCUGGAGCGGUGCAGGUUCCCAGGCUCCAGGUACUGGGCGCCUUACGAGCUGGGAGGUGGUGCCUCUCACCCAGCUAAUUGCUCUGUAGUCUUUGGCCUUCACAGGUGUUGGUGCCUGCGGUGAACGCAUUCUGACCUGGGCCGUAUCUGUCUCCCAAGACUUUGUGCCUAUGGUUGGGGACAGAGUGAGGUCGUUGCCUUGACGACGACAGCAUGCGGCCCGUGGUCCUAAGUGUAAGCUUGCGGCGGACCGAGGCCCACCUGCCUCCCUGCCUGCUUCGCCCUGGACUCGUGACUGCGUCCGCAGAAGAAAUCACAACAGCGCUGGAAUUGCUAGUUUGCUAGGCAGCAUCUUUUGGACCUGCGAGCCAUAUGCAUUUCACCUCAAAUUUGUUUCCAAGUUGAAAACCUUUGGGUCUUUCUAUGCGAACGGAUUGAAGAAACGCAAAAAGUUUCUACUGACUUUAAAUUAAAAUGGAAAAAUAUGAAAACCUGGGUUUGGUUGGAAAAGGGAGUUAUGGAAUGGUGAUGAAGUGUAGGAAUAAAGAUACUGGAAGAAUUGUGGCCAUAAAGAAGUUCUUAGAAAGUGACGAUGACAAAAUGGUUAAAAAGAUUGCAAUGCGAGAAAUCAAGUUACUAAAGCAACUGAGGCAUGAAAACUUGGUGAAUCUCUUGGAAGUGUGUAAGAAAAAAAAACGAUGGUACCUAGUCUUUGAAUUUGUUGACCACACAAUUCUUGAUGACUUGGAGCUCUUUCCAAAUGGACUAGACUACCAAAUAGUUCAAAAGUAUUUGUUUCAGAUUAUUAAUGGAAUUGGAUUUUGUCACAGUCACAAUAUCAUACACAGAGAUAUAAAGCCAGAGAAUAUAUUAGUCUCCCAGUCUGGCGUUGUCAAGCUGUGCGAUUUUGGAUUUGCACGAACAUUGGCAGCUCCUGGGGAGGUUUAUACUGAUUAUGUGGCAACCCGAUGGUACAGAGCUCCAGAACUAUUGGUUGGUGACGUCAAGUAUGGCAAGGCUGUUGAUGUGUGGGCCAUUGGUUGUCUGGUAACUGAAAUGUUCAUGGGGGAACCCCUAUUUCCUGGAGAUUCUGAUAUUGAUCAGCUAUAUCAUAUUAUGAUGUGUUUAGGUAAUAUAAUUCCAAGACAUCAGGAGCUUUUUUAUAAAAAUCCUGUGUUUGCUGGAGUAAGGUUGCCUGAAAUCAAGGAAAGAGAACCUCUUGAAAGACGCUAUCCUAAGCUCUCUAAAGUGGUGAUAGAUUUAGCAAAGAAAUGCUUACAUAUUGACCCUGACAAAAGACCCUUCUGUGCUGAGCUCCUACACCAUGAUUUCUUUCAAAUGGAUGGAUUUGCUGAGAGGUUUUCCCAAGAACUACAGUUAAAAGUACAGAAAGAUGCCAGAAAUGUUUCUUUAUCUAAAAAAUCCCAAAACAGAAAGAAGGAAAAAGAAAAAGAUGAUUACUUAGGUGAAGAAACAAAAACACUUCUGGUACAGGGUACCAAUGCUGAUCCCAAAAUUAAGGAUUGUAAACUAUUUAAAAUAAAAGGCUCAAAAAUUGAUGGAGAAAAAGCUGAAAAAGGCAGUAGAGCUUCAAAUGCCAGCUGUCUCCAUGACAGUAGGACAAGCCACAACAAAAUAGUGCCUUCAACAAGCUUCAAAGACUGCAGCAAUGUCAGCGUGGACCACACAAGGAAUCCAAGUGUGGCAAUUCCCCCACUUACGCACAAUCUUUCUGCAGUUGCUCCCGGCAUUAAUUCUGGAAUGGGGACUGCGACUAUACCAAUUCAGGGUUACAGAGUGAAUGAGAAAACUAAGAAGUGUUCUAUUCCAUUUGUUAAACCGAGCAGACAUUCCCCAUCAGGCAUUUGUAACGUUAAUGUGACCACAUUAGUCUCUAGUGAAAAAAGCCUCUUUUGGGCAAGUAAGAAAAGAAGAGAAUACUCCAGGACAGAUGUCCAUUUGCCUGAACUAAACUAUAAUCAUCUCCCUGAACUAAGAGCAUUGGAAGGCAUAGCUCGAAAUUCCAGGCUAACAAAGAAAGAGAGCAAAAUUCUUUCAGAAUCUCGAAUUCCUUCUCUGGCUGCUAUUGACCUGCACACCCCCAGUAUUACAUUACAUCAGGUAUCAGGACCUCCCCUGUCAGAUGAUUCAGGGGCUGAUUUGCCUGAAAUGGAACACCAGCACUGAGAACCAUUUUGGUUCUGAACUGGGUAGGUGUGAUUUCCCAUACUUAAAGCUGUGCAGCCUUUCACAGGUACUAUUUUGUGGCUUGCUGAAUACCAAUUUUUCAGCUGAAACCUUCUCCAGUGAUUGAUUCCAUGAGAACUUCUGAUAGAGAAAGAGUUGUGCCACUUAGAAAACCAGAAGUAGUAUUCAUCUCUGAGAUGAAAUCCCUUUUCACAGAGCAUACCUCUCUUGCUCUUAAACUAAUCUCCUGCAUUUUAUUGGAUAUAGUAAUGUGAAUUUAGGGUGACAAGUGCUCAAGAAAGAUAUAUACCUAUCUCCCUUAUCAGUCAUUUGCCCUGUGGGCCUGUAAAGCAAGAUUGAUUGAUUAUAGUGAUGCCUCGCUUAAUGUUCUGAAAGAUGAGUCCUUAGGUGAUUUCACUGUUAUGCUAACAUCAUAGUUUACUUACACAAACCUAGAUGAUAUAACCUAC